GUUGCGCUGUUAGCAGAGCCGACGCUGGCGAAUUUUCGGAGGAGGUGGACCUGAUCUGAAAUGUUCAAGAACUUCUGAAAAGGACGUUGGAUCAAACAGCUCAGCAGAUACGGCAGAAUUGUGAUGCUAAUGAAGCACUGGAGAUGAACUAUUCGUAUAAGGUGGAAGCCUAUGAGUUUGGCGAGAAAUGUGGAAGAAAUAACAAUCAAAGCAGUGACAUCCAGUUUCACCUCAACUCCUCUAAAUACGAAGACAAGCAGAAUUGUGAUGCUAAGGAAGCCCCGGAGAUGAACUAUUCGUAUAAGGUGGAAGCCUAUGAGUUUGACGACAAGUGUGGAAGAAUUAACAAUCAAAGCACUGACAUCCAGUUUCACCUCAACUCCUCUAAAUACGAAGACAAACCCUGGAAGAAAUUGGAGAUCAGGAGAAGAAUAUUGCUGCUGUAAAUGACAAGUCUCCUCAGCUGAAGGUUGCUCAGACCAGGCUGCACGAGAGAUCAUACAGACCUAAUGUUGAGCUCUGCAGGGACCAUGUGCAGAUAAGGAUAGUCGCCGAAGUGGAUGAACUGACAGAUUCCCUUGAUGCUCUCAAGUUAAAACUGGAAGAAUCUGAACAAUCCUUGAAAAAUCUGGAAGAUACAAGAAAAUCCAUUGAAAAAGAUAUGGCCAACAAGAACAACAGCAUCUUUAUUGAUAGAGAGAAGUGCAUGACACUCCAAACCCGUUACCCCAAUGGAAUGAAGCUCCUUGGCUACCAGUAGAUGUCUCUCACGAGCAGAGAGUGCAUCAGAUUCCAAGGAAGAUUUCUUCUCUGUGCAAAAUUGGUUGCAAUGAAUAGAUAUUUACAUUACAAUGAGGUGUACAAAUCGAGUUAUUAUUGUGCAAGGUAAAUGGCUCUAGUGCUGUUACCCAUGUGGGUAGAAAAAGCAUGGGGCCAAAAUGGGUAAGCAUAGUGCUUUCAUUCUUUUGGAAUCUUUUGGUUCUUUUAAGUCUGAAAACUUCAGGCUAAAAAAUUCUGAAAUCAGACAUUCCCAUUCAAGUAAAUGCCUAGCCACGGUGGUAGGCAUUAUUGAUGCGCCGGUUGACAAAAUAUAGCCUCAUUGAUCUCCCCGAACCCUACCUGAACCAGGGAGGGCAGGGAUGUGGAGCACUGGAGGCUCUUACCCAGGGCUUGUGUUUUUAGGACUAUAACUCACACCAAUACUGGUAAGUGGAGUCAUGGGUGCAAAGUGGCCAUCGCUAUUGAAAAUUCGCCAGAAAUUUCAUCAGCCGGGACAUCGGCACUUUACUAACAGGCAUAUAGGACAAUUCGCUAGUGAAAGAGACCAUCGAUAGCGUCGUUUAGCGCCCUAUCGCCAGGAGAAUUUUUGUUCAGGUGAAAGUUUGCUAAACGAUUCACUAAAGUGCAAAUUUUACAGAACGUUGCCUCUUUUGCCAGACUUUCGUUUGCCACCUUAAACCUGGCAAACUGAUAAAAUUAAGCUACAACCUCCUCAAUCUUAAGCCAGUAACAUCAUAUGCUGUAUGCCCGAAAAGUCAUAAAAGUUCUAAAAAAAAAAAAAAACGCUGGCAUUUUUUUUCACAUUUUAAAGCCGG